AUGUCCAAGACUUUCUCCAAGAGCGACGUCGCGUCGCAUAACAAGGGAGAUUCAUUAUGGAUCGUCGUCGAUGACGAUGUAUACGACCUAACAAAAUUUCAAGAUGAACACCCUGGUGGAAAGAAGAUACUCACUCGAGUCGCCGGAAAAGAUGCCUCCAAACAAUUCUGGAAGUACCACAACGAGGGUAUCCUCAAGAAGUAUAAGCCAUCGCUGCAAAUUGGCUCGUUAGAUACGAAACCCAAGUCCGAACCGAAACCUGAACCAACACCCGAACCAUCCCGCACAUACGCUGCGCCCCAACCAACGAAGGAAACCAAGCAAGCCGUCGUUCCCCCCACAGCACAAGAAGAAGCUGAGGCAUUAGAACCAUUCGGUGAUCUAAUUCCCUUCGGCGAUCCUAGCUGGUACCAAGGUUUCCACUCCCCCUACUUCAACGAAUCGCACGCCGCUCUCCGAGCCGAAGUCCGCCAAUGGGUCGAAAGCGAAAUCGAGCCCAACGUCACGGAAUGGGACGAGAAGAAGGAAGUGCCGGGCGAGAUCUUCCUCGAGAUGGGCCGUCGCGGUUAUCUCGCGGGUCUGUUGGGUGUGCACUACCCGAAAGAAUAUACCAAGAAUAGCGUCAAGUCUGUGUCGCCGGAACAAUGGGAUCUGUUCCACGAGAUGAUCAUCACCGAUGAGCUGUCGCGCGUCGGAUCCGGUGGUUUCGUCUGGAGCAUGAUCGGAGGUUUCGGAAUUGGUGGCCCGCCGUUAAUUAAGUUCGGCAAGAAGGCUUUGAAGGACCGAAUUAUGCCUGGUAUUCUUACUGGCGAGAAGAGGAUAUGUUUAGCCAUUACAGAACCCGAUGCGGGAAGUGAUGUCGCGAACUUGACUUGUGAGGCCAAGCUUAGCGAAGAUGGCAAGCAUUACAUCGUCAAUGGCGAGAAGAAGUGGAUCACGAACGGUAUAUGGUGUGAUUAUUUCACCACUGCUGUACGAACGGGUGGCGAGGGCAUGAACGGUAUCUCCUUACUUCUCAUCGAGCGCGAAGCCGGUGGUGUGAGCACGAGGCGCAUGGACUGCCAGGGUGUGUGGUCUUCUGGUACCACUUACAUCACCUUUGAAGAUGUCAAGGUACCCGUCGAAAAUCUCCUCGGCAAAGAGAACCAGGGUUUCAAGGUCAUCAUGACCAACUUCAACCACGAACGCAUGGGCAUCAUCAUCCAAUGUCUACGCUUCUCGCGCGUAUGCUACGAAGAAUCCGUCAAGUACGCCAACAAGCGAAGGACAUUCAGCAAGAAGCUUAUAGAGCACCCCGUAAUCCGAAUGAAGCUCGCACAUAUGGCGCGCCAGAUCGAGGCCUCGUAUAGCUGGCUCGAGAACCUAAUCUACCAGUGCCAGAAGAUGGGUGAGACCGAGGCCAUGUUACGUCUCGGUGGUCCCAUCGCCGGCCUCAAGGCUCAGAGUACCCUGACCUUCGAGUUCUGCGCGCGAGAAGCUAGUCAAAUCUUCGGUGGUUUGAGUUAUUCACGCGGAGGCCAGGGUGCGAAGGUUGAGCGCCUGUACCGUGAUGUACGUGCUUAUGCCAUUCCUGGUGGUAGCGAGGAGAUUAUGCUGGAUUUAAGUAUGAGACAGAGUUUAAGGGUUGCCAAGAUGACGGGUAUGAAGCUGUAA